AUGGAGGAAGCGGCAGCUGAAAAGGCAAGUGGAAAUUUAUCGGCGCAGGCCGAGGCCACCGCCGUCGAGGAGGAAGAGCCCAUGGUUGGGCCCGGUCCGGCCCCUCGCUCUCGGCUCAAACGCCCACUCCAGUUCGAACAGGCUUAUCUCAACUCCCUCCCUUCUGCCAACAUGUAUGAGAAAAGUUAUAUGCACCGCGAUGUGGUAACACAUGUUGCAGUUUCGGCAGCUGAUUUUUUCAUAACUGGGAGUGCAGAUGGACACUUGAAGUUCUGGAAGAAAAAGGCUGUUGGCAUAGAGUUUGCAAAACAUUUUAGAUCCCAUCUUGGCCCAAUUGAAGCCCUGGCUGUUAGUGUUGAUGGGACGCUCUGUUGUACAAUCUCAAAUGAUCGAUCAGUGAAAAUAUAUGACGUAUUCAACUAUGAUAUGAUGGCCAUGAUACGUCUUCCAUUUUUACCUGGUUGUAUUGAAUGGGUUUACAAACAAGGGAAUGUGAAGGCCAUGCUAGCUAUUAGUGAUCGUAAUUCAUCAUUCGUGCACAUAUAUGAUGCACGAGCAGGUUCAAAUGAACCCAUAGUUUCUAGAGAGAUUCAUUUAAGCCCGAUAAAAGUAAUGAAGUACAACCAUGAAUAUGAUGCUGUGAUUUCUGCUGACGACAGAGGAAUCAUUGAGUAUUGGAAUCCUGCUACGUUGCAGUUUCCCGAAAAUGGGGUGACUUUUAGACUAAAGAGUGACACAAAUCUUUUUGAAAUCGUGAAAUGCAAGACUACUGUUUCCACUAUUGAGGUCAGUCCAGACGGCAAGCAGUUUUCUAUCACUUCACCUGAUCGUAGAAUACGUGUAUUUUGGUUUAGAACUGGUAAAUUGAGACGUGUUUACGAUGAAUCUCUCGAGGUUGCCCAAGAUCUUCAGAGGAGUGAUGUUCCUGUAUACAGGCUUGAUGCUAUAGACUUUGGGCGAAGAAUGGCUGUAGAAAAAGAAUUUGAGAAAACAGAAAAUGCACCCCAACCAAAUGCAGUAUUUGAUGAAAGUUCUAACUUCCUCAUAUAUGCAACCCUUCUCGGGAUUAAAGUGGUAAACCUACAUACCAAUAAAGUUGCGAGGAUCCUUGGUAAGGUGGAGAAUAAUGAUAGAUUCUUAAAAAUUGCCUUAUAUCAAGGCGACCAAAGCAGUAAAAAAGUGAGGAAAAUUCCUGCAGCAGCAGUAAAUGUCAAUGAAAGCAAAGAUCCUUUGGUAGAUCCUACUCUCCUGUGCUGUGCUUUCAAGAAACACCGAAUUUAUUUAUUCAGUCGGAGAGAACCUGAGGAACCAGAAGACGCAACAAAGGGCAGAGAUGUGUUUAAUGAAAAGCCACCUGCUGAUGAACUCUUGUCUGCAUCAGAUAUAGGAAAAACUGUGACAUCAUCUCUUCCAGAUAAUAUUAUUUUGCACACAACUAUGGGUGAUAUUCACAUGAAGCUAUACCCUGAAGAGUGUCCAAAAACUGUUGAGAAUUUCACAACGCACUGCCGGAAUGGCUAUUAUGACAAUUUGAUCUUUCAUCGGGUUAUCAAGGGCUUCAUGAUACAGACAGGAGAUCCACUGGGAGAUGGCACUGGUGGACAAUCUAUUUGGGGAAGGGAAUUUGAAGAUGAGUUCCACAAAAGUUUGCGGCAUGACAGGCCAUUCACAGUAUCCAUGGCUAAUGCCGGGCCAAACACCAAUGGCUCUCAAUUUUUCAUCACAACUGUUGCCACUCCGUGGUUGGACAACAAGCACACAGUUUUUGGCAGAGUCGUAAAAGGAAUGGAUGUUGUACAGGCUAUAGAGAAAGUGAAGACAGAUAAGGCAGACAAGCCAUAUCAAGAUGUGAAAAUCCUAAAUGUAACAAUUCCAAAGUAG